CGCAGCCCGGGCUGAGAGCCGCAGGACGCACCGAGCAGAACCGGAAGCGACCAGCAGUUUCCAGACGCUCGGACUGAACAUGACGGAGAAAACGUUGCUGCUGCUGCUGCUUCACUCGGUCGACGCUGUCAUGGCGUCUCAGUGCUGGCAGGGGGCGACCUUCUCUCAGGCGGUGGUGUCCCCGGCAGCGGACAGCAGCGGCGUCCUGCGGGUCCCCGGCGUGCUGACGCUGCCGCAGUGCGUGGCGGCGUGCUGCGACCUGCCGGGUUACGAUCUGGCCUGGCUGUUCCAGGGACGCUGCUAUAUCCUGAUCUGCCAGCAGAGGGAGAACUGCCAGCCGCGAGAGAGACCAGGGGCCGACUCGUCCUUGGCCUUCCUGCGGAGGGCGCCACCUGAGACGCUAGUGCUUCAGUCGCUGGUCAGAGGGGAGCCGUCCAGCGGCCGCUGGGGGUCCCGGCCCUCUGAGGCCCCCGGGGACCUGGAGGUCCUGAAGGACCUGAAGGACCUGGCUCUCUUUGACCUGGGGGGUUCCGAGGGAAGCCCGGAGGAGACGGCAGGCGGAGAAACGUCGACUCAUCAUUCGUCUCUGAAGGGAAGAGACGGAUUCAACCAAUCAGAAGCAGACGUCGGUCCAGAGAGGACUGACAGCACAGACAUGCCCCCCCCCACCGGGACGGCUCAGAUCCCAGCCUCGUCGGGGGGGAACUUCAGCCGAGGAGACGAGGACGGAACCCGGAGGCCGACGGAUCCGGCAGAGGAAACCACCAAAACACAAGGUGGCACUGUUUCCUCAUCAACCACUGACUCCACCCAUCAAGACCAUUCAAGGACCUCAGCUCCACCCCCGACCGCAGCUGAUUGGCCGAGCAGCACGACCACACAGACGGAUGUCGUGAUGACGUCAGCAGCAGCUGCAGCUCCGCCCACCAUGCCCCACCCCCCGACCGCCACCUCACCUCUCAGCACCAGCCCCGCCCCCCCCACCACGACCCCCCUCUCUGCUGAGUCUGAGUCGGAGGUCGUCGGGUCAAACCGCGCCCCGGUGGCGGUCGUAGGUCCUGACAGGAAGUUGUUCCUCCCGCUUGGCAGCUUGUUGCUCGAUGGCAGCGGCAGCACGGACGACCGCGGCAUCGCCAGCUACCACUGGGACGCCCUCAGCGCCCCCCCCGGGCUGAGGCUGGAGGACGCCGACCGGGCGGCCGCCACGGCAACAGGUCUCCGGGGGGGGCGCUACACCUUCCGACUGACUGUCUCCGACCAGCAGGGGGCGACAGACAGCGCCUCGGUGACCUUCAGGGUGGAGGAGGCCGCUCGUCUUCCUCCCGUCGCUCACGCCAGCGGCAGCCACACGUUGACUCUGCCCAACAACUCGCUCGUCCUGCGAGGAUCCGUCACCGACGGAGACCAGACCCGGGUCCAGUUCCUCUGGGUCAGGGACCGCCAGAGUCCUGCUGCCGGGGACGUCCUGUACGGCUCGGAGACGCAGGCCGCUCUGUGCCUCGCCAACCUGGUGGAAGGAACCUACCUGUUCCAGCUGCGGGUGGCCGACGCCCAGGGGCGCUCCAGCACGGCCACGGCCACGGUGGAGGUCCGACCAGACCCGGGCGGGGGGGAGGAGGUGGAGCUGGAGAUGCUGGUGUCAGUGUCUCAGGUGAGUUUGUCUCAGAGAGACACGGUCGUCCGGCAGCUCGCCGCUCUGCUGCACGUCCUCGACGGAGACAUCCAGGUCCGAGCGCUGCAGGGACACUCCCACCUCAGCUCGGUGCUCCGGCUCUCGGUGGGCGGGCCCUCGGGGGGCGGGCCCUCGGGGGGGCAGCCCUCGGUGGGGGGGCCCUCGGGGGGGCGUCUCUCUGGCUCCAGGAUCGUGAGUCUGCUCAGGAACCAGCUGCUCAGAGACAAGAGCGACUACCUGCUGUUCCGAGUCCUGAGAGUCGACACCGUGUUGUGUCUCCUCCCCUGUUCGGGGCGUGGCCAGUGCGACCCGGUCACCAAGGACUGCUCAUGUGACCCGUUCUGGACGGAGAACGUGAUCCGCCGUUACCUUGGUGACGGAGAAAGCAACUGUGAGUGGCGGGUGCUGUACGUGGUCCUGACCAGUUUCCUGCUCAUGGGCGUCAUCCUGUCCGUCAGCUGGACCUUCGUCUGCUGCUGCAAGAGGAGGAGCCGGACCCGAGUGAGGAGGAAAACCAGGUACACCAUCCUGGACAACAUGGACGAGCAGGAGAGGAUGGAGCUCAGACCCAAGUUCAGCAUCAAGCACCGGAGCACCGAGCACAACUCCAGCCUGAUGAUGUCCGAGUCGGAGCUGGACAGCGACCAGGACACCAUCUUCAGCCGGGCCCGCCCCCCCGGCCCCAGCAGGAAGCAGCUCGCCGCUCAGGCCAAUCGCAACGGAAACGCCUUCGGAUGA